CUGAUGUCUUUAAAGGAGAGGAAGAGACAGCAGAGAUCUCUCUCUUCUGUUCCACACGCAGAGGAAAGGCCACAUGAGGACAAAGCGAGAAGGCCUCCAUCUGGAAGCCAGGAGAGAGACCCACCAGAAACCAGCCCCGCCAGCACCUUCAUCUUAGACACCCAGCCUCCAGAACUGUGAGAAAGUAAAUUUCUGUUGUUGAAGCCACCCAUUCCACGCUAUUUUGUUGUGGCAGCUCUAGCAGACUAACACACAUGGACGUGUGGAAAACACAGAAAAUGUAAAAGCUGAAAGCAAAGAAAAUCACCAUAAUCCCACCACAUAGACUAUUGGAAGAUUUGGGGAGUGUGUUUUUGUCCUCUUCUAAAACGUACCACGAAUAUUUUCCUUUAUCAAUAAAUAUGAAUCGGGGACCAUUUUGACAUUGUUGAAGAGUGAGACAACUUGGUUUUAGACCUGCCGGGGUCUGGGAUGUUGGGCAGGAUGAGGGGGACCUCUGUGGUGCUGGAAUAUUACACCUCGUGACUGCAGGACGGUUAUGGGCACGCGCACUUGGGAUAAAGUGACACCCACCUGUACACACGCGUUGUCCCAGUGUCAGGUGCUCAGUUUAGACCUUGGACGAUCAUCCCAUAAAAAUGUAAGCUUUGACAGAAACUGGGUGAAGGGUACACAGGACAGCUUGGUAUCGUUUUUGCAACUGCCUGUGAACCUAUAUUUAUUUCACAAUAAGAACUUUGAGAAAUCUGUUAAUAGAUAAUAAAUAGACAUGUCUUUUCAUACUGAACCGAGAUCCUUGUAGGGGCAAAGAGAUCAGUAGAAUCAUUCUUCAUGUUUGGGAAGCCUUUUAAACACAGUAUCACAUCUUCUAUCAAAAAGAUAUGAAUAUCAGCCUCAGGCAGGGUUUGAGUGAAAAUAUUAGUGAUGUUGCACAAAUACUUAAAAGCAGAACUAUGAGGUUCAGAGAAGUUAAUCAUGGGGCAGAUCAGGGGAAGAAAGCAUUGACAUAAGAGAUUUCCUAAGUCAGCUCAUGAAGACGGAAGUCAUACUAAAAACAGGAAGACUUUGUCACACACAGACCAAGAUCCCACAUCCUCCGUGGCUGAGCUUGCUGGACUCUGCACCAUGAGAAACAGAUUUCUAAGGUUGCCGCCAGGAUUCUUGGUGCUGCUGCUGUUGUCAUUGGGACUUGCAGCCCAGAACCUUAGAGCCUCUGCCUCCACAGCCUCUGCCCCUCCAGGCUGUGCUCCCUGGUGCCCUCGGAACUCCGUAUGUGUCAGUGCCACCGCCUGUCGCUGCCAUCCGGGAUUCAGCUCCUGGUCUGGGGAGAUCAUCACCAGCCCUGCAGACAGUUGUGCCGACAUCAACGAAUGUGGACCACCCUUGGCGGUGUCCUGCGGAAAAUUCGCGGAUUGCCAGAAUGUGGAUGGGAGCCACUACUGCACAUGUAGCCCAGGAUAUGGGCUCGUUUCUGGGGCAACAACGUUCAGAAACGAGAGUGAGAACACGUGUCAAGACGUGGACGAAUGUCAGCAGAAACCCAGAAUCUGUAAAGGCCGCAGUGUCUGCAUCAACACCCUGGGCAGCUAUACCUGCACGUGCCCGCCCGGCUUGGAGCUCAACCCAAAGGACCCGAAUCUGUGCACAGAUGUCGACGAGUGCAGCUCCGGGCGGCACCCAUGUCACAGCUCCACCAUCUGCGUCAACACCGUGGGCUCAUAUAGGUGCCACUGCCACCCAGGGUGGACACCCCUGCCGGGGCUCCGGGACAACCAAAACACCACCGUGUGCGAAGAGGUGUCCUUCCCCAUCUGGACUCCGCCCCCAGGAAUCCAGAGCCAGCAUCUCUCCCACUUCUUUGAAAGAAUCCGGGAUCUGCGCAGACGCUUCCAGUCAGCCUCGGCCCAGGACACCUUCAAGGGUCUCAUACACGCGGUGGAUCAUCUGCUGGAGACCCCAGGGGACCUGGAGACCCUGCCCCGCUCAGAGCAGCACUGUGUGGCCGCUAACCUGCUCUUUGGCCUGGAGGAUGUCCUGAGAGGGCUGAGCCAGGCCCUGUCCAAUGGGUCGUUGACCUUCAAUUCACCUGCAGGCACAGAGCUGACCCUGGAGGUGCUGGAGCAGGGAGACAGGAGUAUCUCCUUGAGUCAGAAUCGGGCAAAGAUGCUGCUGAACUGGGAGACGGUGCAGGGAUCUGCUGACUCAGGCCCUUCUGUGGUGGGCCUUGUCUCCACCCCAGGGAUGGGAAAGCUGCUGGCUGAGGCGCCCCUGGUCCUGGACCCUGAGAGGCAGGAAGUUGUAUGGGAGACACACAAGGACUUGCUGCAGGAAGUCACCCAUGUCCUGCUCUCAGAUGUCAUCACUGCCUUUUUGAGCAACAGGGACACUCAGAACCUCAGCUCCCCAGUCACCUUCAUCUUUAACCAUUCAGUGACCCCUCGGCCAAGGAAGAAGGUGCUCUGCGUCUUCUGGGAGCACAGCGGGAAUGGAAGUGGUCAUUGGGCCACCACAGGCUGCACGAUGGUGGGCACCAGAGACACCAGCACCACCUGCCGGUGUACCCACCUCAGCAGCUUUGCCGUCCUCAUGGUCCACUACAAUUUGCAGGAGGAGGAUCCCGUGCUGGAUGUGAUCACCCACGUGGGGCUGAGCCUCUCUCUGCUGUGCCUCCUCCUGGCGGCCCUCACCUUCCUGCUGUGCAGAGCCAUCCAGAACACCAGCACCUCGCUCCACCUGCAGCUCUCACUCUGCCUCUUCCUGGCCCACCUCCUCUUCCUCACGGCCAUCGACCGAACAGAGAUCCAGAUGCUGUGCGCCGUCAUCGCAGGCGCCUUACACUAUCUCUACCUGGCCUCCUUCACCUGGAUGCUGCUGGAGGGGCUGCACCUCUUCCUCACUGCGCGCAAACUGACGGUGGUCAACUACUCCAGUGUGAGCAGGUUCAUGAAGAAGCUCAUGUUCCCUGUGGGCUAUGGAGUCCCGGCCGUGAUCGUGGCUGUUUCUGCAGCAUCCAGGCCUCGUCUCUAUGGAACAUCAACCCGAUGCUGGCUCAACACAGACAAAGGGUUUAUAUGGGCCUUCCUUGGCCCCGUCUGCACCAUCUUCUCUAUCAACUUGGCUUUCUUUCUGAUGACCUUCUGGAUUGUGAAAAACAAGCUCUCCUCACUCAACAGUGACGUGUCCACCCUCAAGAACACGAGGAUGCUGACGUUUAAAGCUACAGCUCAGCUCUUCAUCUUGGGCUGCACGUGGUGUCUGGGAAUCCUGCAGGUGGGACCAGCUGCCCGGGUCAUGGCCUACCUCUUCACCAUCAUCAACAGCCUGCAGGGCGUCUUCAUCUUCCUGGUGCACUGCCUCCUCAGCCAGCAGGUCCAGCAGCAAUACAGGAAAUGGUUCAAAGGGGUCACGAAAACCAAAGCCGAGUCUGAGAAGUACACGCUGUCCAGCAGGGCCGUGUCUGAUGCCUCCAAACACAGUGUGGAGAAUUAAGUGAACAACUAAGCCAGAAGAUCUUGUAUCCUGGAAUAUUCUGAACUUCAUCCUUUGGGCAAAGUCUAUAAAAAAUACUUCUUCA